AUGCAAGUCCUCAUCAUUUUCUCUGCCUUCCUGGUUGUCCUUGCUCAAUGUGGAUAUCCAGUUCCUGAUGCAUAACCAGCAUCUUAUCCAAUUGCUCCUUCAUAUCCAUCUGCAUCUGACUACUCGGCAAGCUCUAUCAGUGAUAGUGAAGGUUCUAUUGAUACUGAAUCUAAUGUAGAAUUCCGCAAGCGUGCCAAAGCCCGAACCGUCCAGAACCGCAAAUUCCAUCGCCGUGCUCUUCAGCCAAUCAGAAGAUUCCAACAGAAGAAGCAAUAA